AUGACGAUAGAAUUUGAGCAUCCCAUAUCUUUGUGGAACAAAGAAAUCGUCCCAAACGCCAAGACUUGGCUGAAAGAAGGUUGUCCAAAGCUGCUGACAGCAGAAAAUGAUGAAGACACAUCAUACAAUACUUGUAAGUUUCAGAAUUUUGUUACACCUGAUAAGAAAAUUCGGAGCAACGAAACACCAGAUAUCUGA